AGCAGCCGAGCUUGGUGAAAAGUGCUGCCCAGGGCAAGACUUUGGUCCUGAUUUACCGAAGAGUCCCACCACAAGCGUCAUACCGAGAUAAAGAGGAAGCGGAUGAUCUAGAAGGCAAGCCGGCGUCCUCCACCAGAGAAGGUUUGCUGGAAUGGGUAACCUGCUAAAAGUCCUAACAAGAGAAAUAGAGAACUAUCCACAUUUUUUCCUGGACUUUGAAAAUGCCCAGCCAACAGAUGGAGAGCGUGACGUGUGGAACCAGGUAAACUCAGUCCUUCAGGAUUCUGAAAACAUCCUGUCAGGCCUUCAGGCCUAUAAGGGAGCCGGCCAGGAGAUCAGAGAUGCCAUCCAGAACCCCAACGACCCACUGCUGCAGGAUCGAGCCUGGACCUCUGUCUGCCCGCUGGUCAUCAGACUCAAGAAGUUCUACAGCUUCUCUCAACGAUUAGAAAAGGCCCUGCAGAGUUUGUUGGAGUCAUUGACGUGUCCACCCUGCACACCCACUCAGCAUCUGGAGAAGGAGCAGGCACUAGCCAAACAGUUCGCCGAGAUCCUCCACUUCACGCUGCGCUUCGAUGAACUCAAGAUGAGGAUUCCUGCUAUCCAGAACGACUUCAGCUACUACAGAAGAACCAUCAGUCGAAACCGGCUAAACAACAUGAAUUUUGAUAUUGAGAAUGAGGUCAACAAUGAGAUGGCCAAUCGGAUGUCUCUAUUCUAUGCCGAGGCCACGCCCAUGCUUAAGACACUCAGCACUGCGACCACAAACUUUGUGACAGAGAAUAAGACUCUUCCGCUGGAGAACACGACAGACUGUCUCAGCACCAUGGCCAGUGUCUGUAAAGUCAUGCUGGAAACACCGGAGUAUUCAAGCCGUUUCAGCAGUGAGGAGACACUGCUGUUUUGCAUGAGGGUCAUGGUCGGUGUCAUCAUUCUUUACGACCACGUCCACCCCAACGGUGCCUUCAACAAGUCUUCCAAGAUUGACAUGAAAGGCUGCAUAAAAGUUCUGAAGGAUCAGCCGGCAGACAACGUAGAAGGUCUUCUCAAUGCUCUCAAAUUCACCACAAAACACCUGAACGACGAGUCCACUCCAAAAAACAUCCGGACGAUGCUCCAGUAAUGUUUGUUCUAUUUAAAAUAUAAAUAGAUAUGAAGAGGAUCAAUGCUCUGACCUCAGAAGAUGUAAAUGUUUACAUUAUUUAAAAAAGACUUGAUGUUAAUAUGUGUGUGUGUGUGUGUGUAUUUGCAUAAUCAUUCCCUCCAAAUUAUUGAAACCUGCAGAACAUUUAGUUCUCUCUUUAGAAAAAAGAAAUAAGAUAUGGCUCCACUCUGACACACACACAAAAACCCUCAGAAGUAUUGGCCUGUAAAAAUUAUUCUGUAAGUUUUUUUUUUUUUUUGUUAUUCAAAUAACUUUUAAAUUCUGACUUGGAUGGAACGUUUGCACGGCAACAAGAAGUUAAGAUUUUUUUUUUUUUCUUCUUACCGGAUGAUGUUGAAAUAAAUCCACUGUGAACACAAAAGACUAACAUUCAUACAGAACCUGUUUACAUCCAGUGUGAUCUAGAAGAAGGUUGUCAAUUUAACUUUUAUAAUUGUUCUGUUCACAACUCGAAGUUAAGACACCAAAUGUUUUUAUUUUUUGUCACUGCUCUGAAUUACAGGUGAUUUUUUUUUUUUUAUAUAUAUAUAUAUAUUUCUGACUUUUAUAUUAAACAGAAAAAUACAUUACUCAGAAAAAAAUGCCAAAAAAUAUGUAAGAUUCAGAUUAAAUUAUUUGUGAUUCUUAACAGAUGAAGAUUUUUAUUUUUUGUUUGUGCUGAUUCUUAGUUGUUUUGUUGCGAGAUUCCCUUGAAGCUUCUUGUGGAGCAAAAGAAAAAUCACCUUCACCACUGGAAGUAUAAAUAUAUUUUUAUAUAAAUUUUUGCUGUUAAAAUGUUUGACUUAAUUACUUUUCAUGCAAGUGAAUUAAUUAAAAAAGAAAAAACAAUUCAGUUUCACGGCCUCUUUGCCUGUAAUAGGCCUGUUACACCUUGAUGAUUUAGCCACCAUAUGCUGACUCAUGAAAAAUUUGGCAAAUACGCUGAAUAUACUAUGCAGCUGUCGUGCCAUGAUGAUUUAGCCAGUGUAUGCCCACAGCCCUGUUUCCACCAAGUGGUCCGGGUUGGUAUGGUACGGGUCGAACAGUUAAGCCUGGCUUGGCUUGCGCUUCCACCGCCGGCAGAACCCUUUUGCCCAUUAGGCGGAGCAUGUUGAUGUUGGUAUGCACAUCAUCGAGCAUGUGUACAGAUUCGCAUGGCCUCACUCCUCCACACAGAAGCUAAACAGAGUAAUUUAACUUUUUUGUUUUGUUUUUUGUCUUGGUGGAUCAUGGGAUUUAUUUUCAUUGCGUGCAGAAUGUUGAAGAAUUGACUGAUGCCUGUGGUAAAUGCUGACAUGAAUUAGGCGCUGUGACUCUUUCAACUUUUAAUUUUCUUGUGGUACAGAGCGCCGGUGUUCUCUGGUUUAUGCUGAGAAACACACCAGGAGCAGGAGGACUGCUUUUUAAAUGCUAUGACAAGGAACUAAAUAUUUUCAGAUGUCAUUUUUUUCUAAAAUCAGGACACUUUAUGUGGAUAAGUUCUUGUCAGGCUGUGAUAAUGAAUCCAACUGAAAUGGACAGGUCAGAUUAAGACUAUAUACUCCAUGUGUGAAAGGUUUUAAUAUAUGAAACAGUUUGUUUGCAUGAGGACUGCAGCUUUCAGCUAAUCAAGGAAUAGCAUCAAUGGACAUAUUUUGACUUAUGAGUAACUUGAAAGUAACGUGUGUCAACAAUCGUAUAACUUACCUACAACUUGUCACAGGACAUAUGAGCCAUACCCUGGCAUGUGUCAAAUAUUGUGCAUGCCCAAAAUUGUUAGACGAACUCACCGUAUUACGAUGUGUACCAGCAUGCUUCAAAGUGCUCUUAACUUAUACAGAACUUACUCAUAACUUAUUAAAUAUACACCAGCAUAUUCUGCGUAUAUUUAAUAUGUCAGCAUACAAUGGCUAAAAAGUCAAGGCGUGACGGGGCUAUAAAAUCUCACUUGGCAUUAUUCAAUCAUUUUGAUUUGUGGUUUUUAUUUUUGACGAUAUUCAUGCCACAGUGCUCCUGAUGAUGCCUUGCUGAUCACGUCAGACAAUCAUCUGUGAUUGUUUGUGUUUUUGUAACUUGUGUUAAAGGUACAUUCUGUCAUUUAAAUUCCACUUUCAAAUGAGCACUUUUUUUUUUUUUGUUUUUUUGUUGUUUUGGUUAAUCUUUACCUUCCAGCAUGUUCAAAAACAAAACAUAGUAUCCUGAUUAAACCUGAACUCGUCCGCCCCGUUAUCACCAUGAAGUGAAUAAAUGUUAACACUGUCAAAUAUUAGGAACCCUAUAAUUUAUUUUUCCUCUAACCUCAUUAAUUUCUUGUUUUAUUUAAGCCAUAUAUAUAUAAUGAGCGAGACUUAAAGUGAAGUAAGCGUAUGAUAUUUUCUAUCUGACUGAAGCGGUUUUAAAAAUCAAUUCAGUCAUAAUUGAUGUACAAGAGGUUUCUGUUGAGUUUUAUGCUACUGUUUGUUCGUGUAUGCAAGAUGUUUUAAAUAUGUAGGGUUUUUAUUUUUUAUUGUCCAAUAUUUUUGAGCUUUGGCUCACUGUUUGUAAAUGUUUUAAUUGGAUAAUAAAAGUGGUACAUUUCUUAA